UCUCUAGUUUUGAGGAGGAACUGGAUCCUGCAGCGGAGUGAAAUUACAGCGUUGGACCCAUAUACCUGUCUGUUCCACAAAGGGGUGAAGAAGAGGAGACCAAAACGGGGUAAAUAAUGAGAGUUAUCUGAAAGAAGGGGCUGUGCCACACAUCUGGCAGCAGCUGGAUGUCAUAGUGUGUCCCAGAGAAAAAGUAGGAGUUGGACGUGUGUUGGGGUGUAAAGAGCUCUCCACAAAUAAGGAGUGUUUAAACUCAGGACUGAUCCUGCCCAUAAUUAGAUCACAGCUGCGAGACGAGGGUGGAGAGAGCAGAAGAGAAGAGAAGAGAUAACGAGAAGGGGGAAGAAAUAAGAAGAAAGGACAGAGGCAGUGGCAGAGUGGGGAGGUGAGAGAAGCAUCUGGUUUUCAAGUUAGAUCGGAGGACUUCCUGCUGAAUAUUAAAGCAUCAACAUAAUUUUAAAGUUGGGGAAGUGUUUGUCUGUUCGCAAUGCCCCCUCCUUCUUUGUCGAUGGUGCUGAUGGUGGUUGCCAUGGCAACUGGGGCGCAUUCAGUCAGCGAGGAGAAUGAACUGGAUUAUGGAUACUGGAACUACAGAGAGGGAGCUGAUAGUGUCAAUGUGGCCUCAGUGCGCAGUGUGACCAGAGUUUUAGACGCCUGGGGAAAACGCAUCUUCCGUGAAAUCAAGACUUUGCUGCACUCUCAGCCCAGCACACUGCUGCCUGACUACUCCAGGGUGCGCCCUCUGUCCGAGUCCGUCAACGACCUGUUCAGAGAAGUGUCCCUGCUGCGCAGGCGCAUCACCGAACUCUCUCAUCGCCUAGCAACCCUGGAACCGUUCCUCCGUCACCACGGCUACUGGGAGGUUGGGGAUGGGGAGAAGAAGGGAGGCGCCCUGAGAGGAGAGGUGGGGAGCCUGGCCCGGUACAGCCCGAGGACCCCGGGGGGGGCGGGCCCACCGAGGGGGACCCGGGUGCUGAGGAGGAGACGGGUGAGAGUCCUGAAGAAAGGGGGAGUGAAGCUGCUUCAGAGAGAGGGAUAGAAAGUGACUCACUGAUGGAGAGAGAGGAGAUGUCAAGAGGCAUGUUCAGUGGAUUCCUCCUUAAAGGGGCAUCCCACCUAUUUUUUGUCUAAAGUUCGGGUUACUCGUCAGUAGGAGGACUACCCAUUCGGUAGAAACAGUUAAUCCAAAGUAACUACAAACCUGAAUGACGUCAUCAGGUUAUCGCAAAGCUCUUUCACACUGAGAUUCCUCAACAGACAACUGCCGUAGUUCACACUGAACCAAACAACAGCGGCAUGAUGCCGCCCCGUG